AGUGUGAGCUGCGAGCAGGUCCAGGACACUCGCUGGCGACACGCGGCGGGAAGUUGGAAAGUCUUCGGUUCCGUUUCGAAGAGGAAGAUGCGGGACGACUGUGACGUCACGAGCCGCCGCGCGGCGCGCGUCUUCUUCUUCUCCGUCUUCUUGUCGCUCCUCGCCGGGUCGCUCUCGGCCGACGAGGACGUCCAAGUCGUGGUCUUCCUGCCCCGGAACGACUCCUACCUCUUCUCGUACGCGCGGGUGGCGCCGGCGGUUCUUUACGCGCAGGCGAGGCUGCAGGCGCCCGGCGCGCCUUUCUCCGGCGUCCGCUUCGACGUCCGCUUCGACGACUCGGACUGCGCCAACGACGCCGUCUUCCGCCUGCUGGAGCGCUCUUGCGCCGCCAGGCCGGACCUGAUCCUGGGUCCGGUGUGCGAGUACGAGGCGGCGGCGGUGGUGCGGCUGGCGUCGCACUGGAACAUCCCGGUGAUCACGGCGGGCGCCCUGGCCGCCGCCUUCCGGGACAAGACGGGCGAGUUCUCGCACCUGACGCGCAUCGCUCCGUCCUACAGCAAGAUGGCCGAGGUCUUCCGCGCCAUCUUCACCAUGUUCUCCUGGACCGGCGCCCUGCUGGUCUACGAGGACGACAAGGUGGACCGGGACUGCUACUUCACGGUGGAGGGCAUCUACCACCUCAUGGACGACGUCAGCAUGCAGACCUACUCGGUGGCCCGCCGAGACCACCUGGACCCGGAAGACGUCGUCCAGAACAUGUUGGACACCCAAGUCAUCAUCUUCUGCAUGGACGCCAACAGUAUCAGAGAAAUAAUGCUAGCUGCUCACAGGAGACGUCUGACCAGCGGAACUCACAUGUUCUUUAACAUCGAACUCUUCAACGCCUCCUCUUACGGCAACGGUUCGUGGCGGCGAGGAGACAAGAUGGACGACGACGCUCGACAAGCCUUCGCAUAUUUGAACACGGUGACGCUGCUGAGGACGCUCAAGCCCGACUUUGAAAACUUCUCUGUGGAAAUGAAGAAGGCCAGCCAAGGACUCGGACUCACACACUGCAGCGACUGUGCAACUGUCAACAUGUUUGUGGAAGGAUUCCACGAUGCUUUGCUGCUUUACGCCGUGGCUCUGCAUGCCGCCAUGAAGCAAGGUUACACUAAGAAGAAUGGAACACAAAUCAUAUCUCACAUGUGGAACACCACUUUUGAAGGUAUCGCUGGCCAGGUGUCCGUGGACGCCAACGGGGACAGAAACGGCGACUUCUCCUUGAUGGCGAUGACGGACGCUGAGGCAGGAACUUAUGAGGUGGUUGCCAAUUACUUUGGUGUAAAUGAGAGUUUGGAGCUGCUGUCUAACUUCAAACAUCAACACUUCACUCUGGAACAAAUACAGAGAAGUCAUCCUGACAUCUCAGACACUUCAUGUGGACUUAGAUUGUCAGCUUUGACCGGCGUCAUCGUGGGAACUGUUCUGGGAACUGUCAUGCUCAUAGUUUACUACUUCUUCAGGAAAAACUACCGGGUAAGCAUCGAGCGCCGCGCACUGGCGGAGGAAUGUGGCGCGGGGAAGCACCGGCAGCUGCGAGAGGACUCCAUCAGAUCCCACUUCUCAGCCGCGUGAACGUCGGCUGGACUUGUCGUACUUCUCUCAGGACCACAAGGCGAGUCUCCAGGCAGCGCUCUGGUUUCUCUCCUCACCAGCGACUCUUUGACCACUGCUGUCUCUUUUAAUAUACACACUGUCUACAAGCUGGCGGGUUUUAGGAACUCUUUUUUUUAAAAAUUUUUUUACCAAAGUCAUUGACAUGCUAGGCUGUAGGCUCCUAGGAGCUGGCAGCUACACCGCGGCUAAGCUCGCGAGACAUCAUCGGUGACAUUAGUCGCUAUAUAAGCAAGUAUCAAAUAAUUACUCACGCGUACAAAAAGUCUCCAAGGCAAAGUGUCCAGUAACAGAAGUGUCCGCAUCAUCCAACUUGGAUUAUUGUGGUGUCACUCAAGAAAACGCAAUCACCACUCCAGUUCAACUUAAAGACAGCAUAAGUGCAUUCCAGACGGUUAAUAAUAAAUAUGUUAGUUUUUGUUCUCCGUUUGACUUAAUUCACUUGUUAAGACCUUUUCUAACAUUCCACACUACAUACACUAUAAACAAUUCCUGCAACAACAGCAGUAAAAGAAGUGUCCGCAUCAUCCAACUUAGAUUAUUGUAGCCGCUAGGUGUCACUCAAGAAAACGCAAUCACCACUCCUGUUCAACUUAAAGACAGCAUAAGUCCAUUCCAGACUGUUAAUAAUAAAUAUGUUAGUUUUUGUUCUCUUUUUGACUUAAUUCAAACACAAUAACCACUCCUGUUCAACUUAAAGACAGCAUAAAUCCAUUCCAGACAGUUAAUAGUAAAUAUGUUAGUUUUUGUUCUCUGUUUGACUUAAUUCACUUGUUAAGACCUUUUCUAACAUUCCACACUACAUACAAACAUACAAUGUAAACAAUUCCUGCAACAACAGCAGUAACAAAAGUGUCCGCAUCAUCCAACUUGGAUUAUUGUGGCCGCUAGGUGACACUAAUGAAAACGCAAUCACCACUCCAGUUCAAGUAAAAGACAGCAUAAGUCCAUUCCAGACAGUUAAUAAUAAAUAUGUUAGUUUUUGUUCUCUGUUUGACUUAAUUCAAACGCAAUCACCACUCCAGUUCAACUUAAAGACAGCAUAAGUCCAUUCCAGACAGUUAAUAAUAAAUAUGUUAGUUUUUGUUCUCUGUUUGACUUAAUUCAAACACAAUCACCACUCCAGUUCAACUUAAAGACAGCAUAAGUCCAUUCCAGACAGUUAAUAAUAAAUAUGUUAGUUUUUGUUCUCUGUUUGACUUAAUUCACUUGUUAAGACCUUUUCUAACAUUCCACACUACAUACAAACAUACACUAUAAACAAUUCCUGCAACAACAGCAGUAACAGAAGUGUCCGCAUCAUCCAACUUGGAUUAUUGUGGCCGCUAGGUGUCACUCAAGAAAACACAAAUCACCACCCCAGUUCAACUUAACGACAGCAUAAGGUCCUUCCAGACAGCAAAUAAUAAAUAUGUUAGUUUUUCUUCUCUGUUUGACUUAAUUCAAACACAAUCACCACCCCAGUUCAACUUAGAGACAGCAUAAGUCCAUUCCAGACAGUUAAUAGUAAAUAUGUUAGUUUUUGUUCUCUGUUUGACUUAAUUCACUUGUUAAGACCUUUUCUAACAUUCCACACUACAUACAAACAUACACUAUAAACGGUUCCUGCUGAUAUAAUCAAAUAAAAUGGAGACUCCGAGUAUUUACUGUAUAUUGUUUUGUUCCAAGGUGUUUAUUUAAAUAUUUAAUCUGUGCCAAAAUAGUCUGGUGUACUACUGUAGUACUACACUCUGUUACUGCAUGAAAUACUGUAUUUGUAUGCUGGAGCACAAACAUGAGUUUUUAUUUUAUUUUAUAUGUUUCAUUCCUGCUGAUUUUGUGAAUUCUCUUUUUAUAAAUAUGUUUUUUAUGUUAGUUUUAUUUUGAAGCUAGCACCUGAAUGUACACUCAAAGGUGGAAUAAAGUUGAUACUUCGUUUGU